ACAAAUUUGAGGUUCUUACAGUGAACUGUUUGCAUUUCUGUAUGUUUUUACACACCAUCCAACAUUACUUGAAUUUCACUUCUUUUUAUAAGCAAAUUGUUUGACCUGCAAUAUCAAAUAGGUAGAUAUCUACUUUAUUCAUUCCAGCGGGAAAUUCACAUUUUCCAACAGUGUCCUCAGCAAUCAACUGAGUCAACAUGUCACACUACAUGUCACAUCUUGACUGAGAACUAUUUCUAAAUGUUAAACUUAAAAGCAAACGCAUUUCAUCCCCACAGCGACAGAAAACUCAUCAGUGACCUGGUCACACACAUACUGUUUGCUCUGCUUGUAAUGAGAUGCCCCAGAGUUUCUGUCUAAUUGACAGGUCAGUGGGGUCAGAGAUGAGUGUGAUGAGUCACUGUGGUCAAACCAGUUACAAAAUUAGGAGGAACAGGAACUAAUGAGAUUUACUUUUAAAAACACCUUUGUCCCAAAGGGCUAUUUGCUUCAUCCCUGGGAACAGAGGGACCAAAAGGUCCGAUAAUGGGCGUGGUGUAUAGGGAAAGCUAACAAAGAUGUGUUUGUAGGGCGGCCUUUUAUAACAGUACAUAUAUGUUGGAGAACGAAGACAGGAGGAAAAUCUCAACCUGGGAUAGCAAGAGUGAGCUUUAGGAAGGACACUGGCCGACAGCACUGUGUGACAAAGUCUUAACUGAGGUGAAAAUAUCAUGUGUGUCUCACGGUUGGUUCUGAUCCUGGGGCUUCUUCUGUGUGUGGGGGCUCAAAUGUCUAGCGCCCAGCAUUGGUCCCACGGUUGGUAUCCUGGGGGCAAGCGAGAGCUGGACUCAUUUGGCACAUCAGAGAUUUCAGAGGAGAUUAAGUUGUGCGAGGCCGGGGAAUGCAGCUAUUUGAGACCCCAGAGGAGGAGCCUUCUAAGAAACAUUCUUUUGGAUGUCUUAGCCAGAGAGCUCCAGAAGAGAAAGUGAGGCUUUCCACCCAACACUGCUUUUCUACCUAGUGGCCCAAUGUCAUUGUCUUAACAUAAAACAACUUGAUGUUAAUACGCCGAUCUCAUGUCUUUUUGUCCUUAAAUACGUAUUACAGAAUCACAUGGUUCGUCCAUCAGACUCAUAUGUUAAUAUUAUAUUGACAUGUAAUAAAAUGUCUAUUUUAA